AUGACUCGCACGUGUGGCUUGCUCACUUUGAAGCUGAGAAACCAAGAGCAACUGCACUCUCACUCUCGAACAUACCGCCACGCUCGUUCGCGAUUACAACUAUGCCGCCCCAAUGAUAUGAAGGCUACGGUGAAAACGAAGAGCAACCGCCUAGUCGAAAGAGGCUACGAGUUUGAAGUCUACGACGCCGACACAGGAGCCAUUUAUGAGGAUAUCGCCGAUGACCGGGCAAUUGCACGCACCUUCAGGACUGGAGUCAGCCACCUCGCUGUGAACGGCCAUACGGUUGCACUGGCAUCUCGUUCACCACCUCGAUUCCCGCGGGACGGGACGACCCAGCUCGUUUCAAUUCCAACCAUCUUCGCUCCCUGCGUACUCUUCCAGAGCUGGAAACGUACAUUACCCCGCGCACCUAUGAACGUGCCACAGCCCCUAGCCUUCAGCCCUACUCCAUCAACGACAAAUCCGAAGUUCACGGCGAUGUGCGGUGCCCCUGUCUGA